AUGAUAAGUAAUAGGUAUAAAUUUCGGGAACAUGAAUUGACGUUAAAAUAUUUCCAAAACACCAUAGUUCAUUUUUCUUCUAAAAAAACAACAGAAUUCCAAGGUAACCAUGAUCAUGAUGAAUGGUCAAGUGGUCCGUUUCGAUCAAACAAUCUUGAAGUUGAUGAUCAUCAGUACACAAAAUAUCGAAGUUCAGACCUUGUACCUGUUAAAGAAUUGUGGAAAACAGGUAUUGCAAAGUGCCAAAGUACGGCACCUAUAGGACCACAGAAAAUGUAA